UACUUGAUACCGUAUCGCAGCCUGGUGUUAGCCCACAAGUCAAUGCCAUUUCGCACAAUCCUGCUGAACGUACCAACCUGAGGCAGCCGCACAAUUCAUCGUCAGAGUACUAUACGCUUGACUCUUCUAGCAAAUACUUCGCGAACCGAACCCAUCACAGAAUCCCAGAUUGUUAUUGGACACAUCUGACGCCGGAUGGCAUGAGGGUAUACGAUCUGAUGUAUAGGGCCUGCAUUGAGCAUAGCGAAAGCUCAGAUGGCACCUUAGACUUCAAGACCUUUGCCGGCCAAUUUACGAACCGGAAUCCAAGGCCAGAACUCAUUCGUGAGUGCUGGAGUCGAUUGGGGACCUUGAACACGCAGCUCGACCGCAACCAUGUUCUCGCCGUCAUAUACAUGAUCCACGUUGAAAGCAUGCUUGAGAACGAGCAUUUAGAGCGUAUACAGGGCAGAUCCGAUCUCUCUGAUCGGAGGCGCAAGAUCAUCAACCAUUUCGGGGAAUGGGUCGACUGCCACUGCCAGUGUGGUCGGAAGUGGAACUAUGCUAACAGCGAAUUCGGGAUGCAACGGGAUGUUAAUAGUAAGCGGAAAUGCGAGGUCGACCGCUGGAUGCGCGCGACACGG